AGACAGACAGUAAAUACCGUACAGUGACUUGAGUUUGACGGUCGGCUCCACUGAGACAUUUUUAUCUUCCUCUCUGCUUAGAUCUUGCCUCACCAUCUCAUUUUAAUUUUAAUUAAUCUCAGCACUGACCCACAAAGCUCGAGAUCAAUUUCUUCAAGCUGGUAUGAACUUGUGAUAAUUCUUUCCUCAAAGCACUUAAAUUUGCUAAAGUUGUUACCUUUUUGGAAAAAUUUAGUGGCCCAUCAUGACUUCAGUACAUUUCUAGCUCUGCAGAUGUUAAAGUUUUGAUCUUUGCUUAUGUUAUUUGUGGGAUUGCUGCAUUUUUGUGUUAUAUUGUCUUUGUUUUGUUGUUUUGAUUAGUGGGUUUGGGAGGGUUUUAGUGAUUUUGGAAUUGGGUCUGUUUUAUGGAUGUGCAUUUGAAGAAUCUGUUUUCGAGAUUUCAAGAACAAUUUGGGGCUGGCCCAGGGCUUGGUCCUGGCUCAGGAACUUGUCUUGUGAAUGUAGAUGGUGUUACACCAUUAGCUAUUAAGUCCCUUUAUAGGGCUGCUGCUGCUUUGUUUAGGACUGAUCCUUGGAAGAGGUUUCGGCCUGGACAUUUAUUUGGUGUAAGGGUAGGAAAGGAUUCGGAUUGGUCUCGUAAGAAGCAGCCAUUUCCGUGUAUUCAAUUUAUUGGCGGGGAUGGUGGGGAUUUGGGGUUUCAUAUGUUUAGAUCAGAAAGUGAUGCUGUUAGGAUGACGGGUUCCAGAGAAACAAUUCGGGUUCCAAAUGUUGAGGUGUUCAGAGUGACUUAUAUGGAGGAGGCUUUGAUUGUACCUUCUCAGAGGAGAAUGAUUAAGUCAUUGGCAUUGGAAAUUUCUGGUGAUAAUCGCUUUCCUGUUAUAGAUGUUGCUCGUUGCACAUCUGCUGGUGGCCUUCAGUUUAGAAAUCCUUCGUUUGAGGAGCUGAAGUAUGUGUUUGCCGUCAUGAAAGCUAUUUCUUGGGUUCACCCGCUGCUUAAGCAUCAAACUGAUUGUGGUCAAAAGUGGUCGAGGUUCAUUGAUUUUGAAUCAUUCAUUGAAACAGUUGAUGUGCAAUGGCCUCCUGAAAUGAUGGAAGGUAAUAAUGAUCUAGUAGCAGUUACAGUCUCUCACCCGCCUGGUCAUGGAUAUGAUGAGAGAACAAGUUCAACAGCUAACUCAACUCCUACCAAAUAUGCAGAACCAGCAGAGGAAAAUUUCGUUAUUAUUAAAGAGAACUUCCCUGAUAUUGUAAGACAGUGUGCUGUCUGCAAUAAGGAUGUUCAGGGAGAAGAGUUAGUUUGUUGUGCAUCAUGUCGUGCUGUGGUGUAUUGUGGAACUCCCUGCCAGGACCUGCACUGGGAGGAAGCACAUAAAAACAUGUGUGGUCUUUACAAGGCCAUGAUGGCAAGAGAAAAAGAGCUCGCAAUGGAAAUAUUUCUUUUUCCGUGUUCUACCGAACAACCAUGUAAAUGGCUUGAAUUAUUGGGUAUCCACCAAAAGGGCAUGUGGAGAAGAAAGUGCAACUGCUACUCUCAGUGCCCUUAUGGUUCACUUCCUGUGGAUGACAGGCUUUCAGAUUCAUGGGGUGGUUUAAGUGAAGAUGAUUAUCCUCAUGACUCGCCUUUUAGCAGUCAGUCAAGGGAUGGUAUGUUAAGUCCAGUUCUUCUUGCUGGCUGGUCAGAUUACUACAGCCUCCAGUCACUCCCCUUGUCAAGUCCUGUUGCAGACAUUUUAUCUCAUCCCUUCACAGUGUAUCACAUUUUGACAGCAGUAGAUAUCAAUUCAAAGAAUCUAUUACUGCAAGGCAAAGAGGUUACUGUUCAUUAUGUUGGGCCUGAAGCAGAAUUGGACUGGAUGCCUGCAUUCGCAGAAAUUAGUCAUGUACUGAAUGGGAUGGGGAAUAUAAAUAUGGUAAUGGUGGGACCUGGGAUUCCCACACAUCUGUCCGGUACAACUUUUGGAAUUGGAAGCAGGAUAAGGGUGAAUCUUGUAAGAGGUCUUUAUCAAGAAGAAUCCAUGUAUCUCCCUGCACCGAAUGUCAUUGUUGCACUGAACUGUAAGCUGGAGAGCUAUUCUAGUUGGGAUGGAACUCUUGAGCUGAUAAAAUUAAUGGGAAUUCCCUCCUUUUUCACUGAUCAGACUGAAAUUUUGUGUUCAAAUGCUAAACAAGUUCUUUGUAAUUUUGGACUGCAAGUCACCCAUCCAGUGACACCUAAUCCAUUCCGCUCUCCAGUAAGGAAUUACGAGCCUUCUGACAAUCUUCCAUCAUACAGCAAUGCAUUUCUCUUUGGAGUUAAUACAUGACCUCAGGGCUGCAGGACCUCUCCACGCCAGAUUAACUCCAGGUGUUAAGAAAGAGGACAUAAGAGUAGAAGUUGAGGACUCAGUCUACCUAAUAAUAAGAACAGAAAGCGAAAAUGAAACAACAGGGGAGCCUGUAAGGUGCUUCAUGAAAAAAUUUAGACUACCAGGUAUGAUAGAUGUGAAUGGAAUCUCAGCUGGUUACGAAGACGGGGUCUUGACAGUCACAGUCCCGAGAUUUUCUGUUAGAACAGGAUUUCAUAUUGAACCAUCAGACGUAUCUGAACAGCUCGGAGUUCUUGCAAGAGCUGCUUGAUAAUCCAAAGAUUCACAGACAUUUCUUUAUUCGCUCCUUUUAGAUUAUAGCUAAAUCUGUAUUGGAUGCGCUAGAUCUGAAGAUUGUUGUUACUGAAUCACUAUGUUGUACAUAAAAAUUGUUAGAAGCAGCUUAAAAUUUCAAUGGCUUAUCUUAAUAUGUGUUUGCA